AUGAAUGAAAUGUUCGCUGGACUCAGCAUUGAGCGAGCGAAAGCAGCGAGGCGCAGUGCCAGCGUCGCCUAUGAAGAUGUCGACUUCGACAUAGAUGAUGAUGAAAAUGGCCAAGAAGCGGCGCCGGACGAGCAGACAACUGCAGGGAAGAGGCGACGACUUACUGAUGCCGAGAUACUGGAAAAUGAGAUCUUUAUGCCCGAGAAGCAAGAGGAUCUGGCGUACGUGUCCGGACUUAUUGGCGGUAAGCCCAAGAAGCUGACUGGCUACACAGUGAACUUUUAUCUCAAAGACAUAGAGCCCAUGGUAUGUAACGACAAGGCCUACGAGCACUUGGUGUACGACCCCCAGCAGAAAGACUUGGUGCUGUCUUUCGUUGAGAGCCACGGCCGCGCAUCCACACUAGAUGGGCGGGAAAGAGUCAAUGGCUCAGAUGAUGACAACGGCGGUCUGUAA